CAGGGGUCACAUUGAACUGCUGUCAACCUGCCUAGGUUGCAACGAGACACGCUGGGAAAAGGAAAUGGUAAUUGUUUUGAUCAGGUCACUAAAGAUAAGAUUCAGGAUCUCGAUGGAAUCUUGCAGAGAGACAUAAGGUGACUGAUCAGGAGCCUGGGGCAGUUUCGAAAUCUAGAGACAAUCACAUUUAAUAUCAUAUUCGUUAACUUAUAUUUACAUCUAUAUUAGUUCAAAACAAUACAGAAAGGUAAACACAAAGACCUAAUGAGCAAAUCAAUUACAGACUAAAGCUGGUAGCAAGUUUAUUGUAACAAAUUCCAUUAAUUUUGAAUCAAAUAUCAUGAACUGAGAGUCAAUGCUCUCAAUACAGGGGAAGGAUCAUGCCCCUCAUAAUUUUUUUUUAACCAAAUGAUUCUAGCCUUUAUUAACUCACACUUUGAAAGAAAAACAGGUCAGCUUUUCAAGUAGACAUGACUGACAAUGUGAGCUCCAGAGUUGACACCCCAACCAACAUUUCCCUGAGUCCCAGCAUUGCCAUUUCCCAGUCCCUGGAGUAUAAGACGGUGUCUGUCUUCUUAGUCUUGCUUGUGUGUGGUGUUGGCAUUGUGGGAAAUAUAAUGGUGGUCCUUGUUGUCCUGACCACCCGGCACAUGAGGACACCUACAAAUUGUUACCUGGUGAGCCUGGCCAUAGCAGACCUGACCGUACUAGUAGCGGCGGGACUUCCUAACAUCUCGGACAGUCUCACGGGAACCUGGGUGUUUGGACACGCUGGCUGCUUGGGAAUUACCUACCUGCAGUACUUGGGCAUCAAUGUGUCAUCCUGCUCCAUCACCGCCUUUACUGUGGAAAGGUACAUUGCUAUCUGCCAUCCAAUGAAGGCUCAAACUGUGUGCACAGUGUCCAGGGCCAAAAGGAUUAUUGCAGGGGUUUGGAUAUUCACCUGUGUUUACUGCAUAUUAUGGUUUUUCCUCGUGGAUAUUCAGGUGAGCCUGGAUGGACAUGUUCAGUGUGGCUACAAGGUGAAGCGGGAGCUCUAUCUGCCCAUCUACCUCAUCGACUUUGCUAUUUUCUAUGUCGUCCCAUUACUUCUCGCUAUCGGGCUCUACGGAUUGAUAGCACGGAUUCUCUACCUCGGACCCCUUCCAAACCAACCUGAAAUCAGUGCCACCACAUUGCGCCAAAGCUGUCGGGAAGUCACAGAAACGGGGAAGAGAGGUCGCUCACGCCGCCUGAAGAGUGCACUCUCCUCGAGGAAGCAGGUGACAAAGAUGUUAGCUGUAGUGGUGAUCAUAUUCGCUCUGCUGUGGAUGCCCUAUCGAACACUAGUUUUGAUCAACUCUUUUGUAUCCACACCCUAUCUGGAUUCCUGGUUCCUAUUAUUUUGUCGGACCUGCAUCUAUGCCAACAGUGCAAUCAACCCUGUGAUAUACAAUGCCAUGUCUCAGAAGUUUCGCUCAGCAUUUCGUGGGCUGUACCACUGCAAGCAGAAAGAGGGAAAGCAGAGGACAUUGUCAGCCAUUCCUGCCGGCUUCAGUACGACCCGUGACCCACCUACUAAUAUUAGUGGACCCAAUGAAGAAACCAAAAGAGCCAUUGUAAACAUUGCUUCAGAUUUAAGCACAAAACAUAAUGGAAAUGGUCAUCAAGCGACAAAGCUCAGCCUUGGUCUACACAAGAUCCAGUGAUUAAAUCAACCGCUCUCAGGAGUCUCUCAGCCGACACAGUGCGAUGGCCGGCUGUAUUAGCAGGUAACGCGCUAUAGUGAUUUUGAUGUCACUUCUGGUCGACAGCUGAUAAUGAUUUUGCCCAACAUGAUGCCGCCCCUUAUGUUGAUUAAUCAUUCUGUUUAAUCAGAGUUGUGUUUUGACCAGUGCUGGCACAUCCAGUACAAUGUAUAAGAUUCUUGCCUUUAAUUUUCCGUUGGUUUAGUUCCUAAACAUACAAUCUAGGGCAGGCCAAAGUAAAUGCACGUGCUAGUCUUUUAGAGGCUUUUAUCCUGUUUAAAACAAGGUCACUACUGAAAGAUGCCUGCUAGACCAACCUGUUUCUCUGUAAUGAGCGUUACCAAAAUAGUAUUUAAUUGUGCUCUAGCUAACAAUAGAGGUUGUGGAUAUUUUUGAUUGAUGCUUAAUCCAUUCAGCAAUUUAUGUAUUCACUAGUUUGAAUAAACAUUCAUUAUGAAGCUAUGGAAUCCAUUCCUUAGGGAAACGAAAUGUUUAAAUGUGUCAGAAGAAUAAAAAAACACUGCCAGGAAAAUAAAUUCCUUUUCCUUUUCCUAUUUUUUUAUUUUUCCUUUUCAUUUUCUGUUCUGUUCUUGAUCUCGUAUUAUAAUUAUAAUAUUUAGUGUUGCCUGUUAUGUGAUUGGGUACUUUUACAUCACUUUUCCUAUCCAUCCCGCCCAAAAAUGUGUAUUUGUUUGUUUGGCCUUAAAAGAAUGUAUGAUUAUACUAUCUGUAUCGCAAGCACGUGUUCAUGCUGAUACAGACUGAAAUAAGACAUGAAUCUACACAAAACCUUACAAUGUCACUGACAGUCAAAUUCAAUAUUUGAUCCAAUAGUUAUAGUAUUUCAGUGCUAACCUUGUCAAGCUGCUGUUUUUUUUCCAUUGACCAUUACAUUUUUUAUUUUAUUUUAUUGUAACUUGCCCUAUUUGGCGGUUCGGUCAAGCAGAAUGGAGAAUCUGUUUCCCUUUUGAGCCAGAAAAGAUUUACUGUGCAACAGAGGAUUUAGGAUUUUUUUAUACUGCUACAGUGGUUCUUUGUAAUAUGAUGGAUAUUUAUAAUAGGUCACUGAUGGUGUAGUGGUACACUCGCCUGACUUUGGUGCAGGCAGGGUGGGCUCAGUUCCCACUCAGUGACGGUGUGAAUGUGAGUGUGAAUGGUUGUCUGUGUCUACAUGUGCCCUGCGACUGACUGGCGACCAGUUCAGAGAGUAGUCCGCCUUUCGCCUGAAGUCAGCUGGGAUAGGGUCCAGCGCCCCGCAACCCUAUCCAGGAUAAGCGGUGUUGAAAAUGGAUGGAUGGAUUUAUUGAAAAUCUCAGUCGCACAGAACAAGGUCUUAAAGGGGAGGGACCGAAAAGAAAAAGGAGAGGACAAAGAGAAAAUAACCACACACACACACACACACAAAUAGACAACACGAGCUAUAAGAAUCUAAACCAAACAAAGGAUUAUAUGCAUACAACAGUGUUACAUUGGAUUCAAGUUUUCCACAGGAUAGUAGUGCUACACCCUGUGAGGGAAGAACAGGACAAUGUAGGACAGGACAGGAGGGGAACAGAGCAGGACAAGGGUAGAGGACCCGGCUGUGUAACUGGAGUGUGGUGUGAGUGGCUAUGUACAUUCUUAACAUCUGUAGAAAUGGAGUGCAAGUGAGGGGACAUCACAAGAAGUUUGCCGUAUCACAAAAGUUGUUUAUGGCAAUGAGGGGCUUGCUCCACACCAAGCAACUAAAUCCCAAGGGUGUGUGUCUGUGAACACAUGCAAGGGAAUUGACACCAUCUUGCAUGCACAAUAAACGUCAGAGGUGGAAUUGCUGUGCCAGCACAAUGGGGACAGAGGACCCCACCUCACCCAGCCGACAAGGGAGGGCGGGCCCAGCGGCCCCCCCGAGAACGGCCUAGUCGAAAAAACCACCCACACCAAGGGAUCCGCGGCGGUCCACCUGACCCACCGAAACACCAUUACAUUUAGUUCAUAAGUUAGGACUGCAUUGUAAAAACAGCCCCUUAUAGUGUAAGUCUUUCUGAGUUGGUAAUUUGUAAGUUUUGAAGUUUUGAGUCUCAGACUGUAUUUCGGAAAAUUUGUGUUUAGAGGGAAAAAUGUAAAAUAUUAUUUUAAUUAAAAUAAUCUAUGGAGAGAAUUGCAAAAUGCCUGUAAUGAAAUGUCCGACCUGAUUACAUUUUGUGUGAUACAAAUAUGUAUUGUGUAUUGCUUUAUUGACAUCAUUUAAAAGUAUGGGUUUCACAAGAUGAAGUGUUUAUCAGCUGUGAUAAUCUGCCCUGGAAAGCUGCUUUUGUUGUAUGGUAUGUUCAAUGCAUUGUAAAUAUCUAUAUUUGAAUAUUUUGUGUUUUAAAUUGACUUUAUUCCUACAAUCUCUUUGAAAUAUUGUACUUGCAAUUUGUGCAUGCAUAGUAACUUUCUUCUCAUUGAACCAAUGUCAAUAAAUAGU